GAUGAUGCCACUCUUCAUACGCACAGCUGCCCAGGCGACACCACCAGCUCGACCACUUCAGAGGAACUGUACGCUUGACAAGGGACGCAAUGGACCGUCUCAUCGCAGACGUAAUGCUCAACAUCUGCGAUGAGUUGGACCAAAAAAGCAUUCACUCUCUUGCCCAUGUGAACCGUCACUUUCAGUCCGUGUUGAUCCCUGCCCUCUACCGCAAUGUGACCAUCAAAUUCUCGACUGUCGCGACCCUCGACUGGCGCGUUCGGCACUACGAGCGUGUACUCCAGAAGUAUCAUGGCUUCGAAUUUGUUCGAAGUCUCAGUAUCCUGGCCGGAUCCCUGGAGACUCCACGCGCCCAGCUCCUUGAUUGUGGCGACCGCCCGAUGGACUUGUGGAAGUUCUGUCAUGUGGACAAGGCUCGGACUGAACUUCUCGACAACGACGAGCAAUGGGAAGAUGUUGCAACUCUUAUGAAGAAAUUGCCCGGGUUGAAAGAUUUCACGUGGGGUUGUUUCGAGGUCCUUCCUCCAGCCAUCCUCAAAGUGCUUGAUGGGCUCAUUCCCGCAUGUCGUCUGCAUAUGGCGAAUUUCCGGCUCAACAGUCUCUUCCGCCCGCCAAAGGAGCCGCUACAGAUCACGGCGCAUGAACUCGCGCUGGCCACAUCUCCUUCACUCCGCACAUUGACGUUGCUUUAUGAUCUCGUCGACGACGGAGGUAACCAAGACUACCAUGCGCCGGCCGUCAGAGCAAUGGCACGAGGCGCAGCUCCCAACUUGCGCGAGGUUCACAUUCUACAAUCCCGUCGACUGAGCAGCAAGCGAGGGCACUGGGCCCGCGGUCAGCCGCGGCAAAAAUAUCGCCGCAGCUUAAUUCCGGUCCCGCCCUCAGAACCCACAAAGGGAGUUCUGGAUACGCUGACCAUAUUUUGGGACGAUCGGGGCGAAUCGAUCCGCACGUGGCAUACGGUCAUUGACUUCUCGCGCCUCCGCGCGCUACAUCUGCAUGACUGUAUUACCAGUACGAACCUCGACUGGAUGGCUACGAAUUGCGAAUUCUCCUCACUCGAAUCGCUUGUCUUGUCCCCGAGCCAUUCACUCGACUUUGUGAGUCUCGACGAGAGCGUCGAUUCCGCCGUCGACAGCUUCCUAGGGAAUCUACCGCCUCUCCGCUCGUUCCGACUGAUCGGAUACGACAACGGCCACGUGAUCGGCCCGUUCCUCACUCACUGUGGUGCGACCCUACGAGAAUUCCGCCUCGCCCACCCAGACGAAGACGACGCCGGCUACGACAGCAGCAAGGAACGCUUCAUCAACACCGCCAUGCUCGACAUUCUGCAAACACACUGUCCGAACCUAGAAAUCCUCUCCAUCCCCUCCCUCCGUGCCCACGGCGAUUCCUGGGAAGUCGCCUUCUACCGCCGUCUCGGCCAACUACCACGGCUCCGUCGCCUGCACCUGCGCUUCGACCACCUGCCAGUCUGCUGUAACAAUUGCCGCACCGGCAUCGAACAUUCGACCGACUAUGCCGAACGAGAGGCCGCGAGAACCGAAGCCGCCCUGAUCAACCACUCCAUCGACGAGACGCUAGCAUGGUCCAUCUUCCGCGUCAUCGCCGCCGCCCGGCCUCCCGGCGCGCCUCCGCUCGAAUGUCUCGAGGUAGGCACUUACUUCGAUGACGUGCUGCGGUGGAAAGACGACGCGCCGUACAGCUCGCAGCUCUUCCGAUGGAUCGCGCGCUCGUACCGAUGCACGGUGAACCCCCGCGACGAUGCGGUCGAUGAGUGCUUCGUGGAAGAGUACGCUUCCCAGCAUCGUCUCGCCAGAGAGGAAUUCGAGAAAUCGGGGAAAUUUGGCCAGGUCGUGACGGCGGACGACUUACUGCCAGUCUUGGAGCGCGUGUGGCCGGGGACUCGCAAGAUGGGCUUGGAGAGGAUGUGGCAUGCUUUUCCGCUGGAAUUGGACGACUAGAGGAUUUAUGGCAUUUCGUGAUGGCGAUUGAUUAGUAAAAAGGGGAGAGCUGAGCAUGAAUCUAACUUUCGGCAUCUUCUCGUCUUUUAGAACGGGCAUGACUUGUCCCAUUCGAUUGACUUCCUGAUCGAACAUGCUCCGAUGAACACUGAAGACUUGUUCGUCGUUUCGAAACCUUUGAUACGCUGAUCAAUCCUUCACCACCGAACGCCGGGGAGGCCGCUCGUUGCCAUGGAGUAAUACUAGUCACAACGCCUUCGAAGUUCUGCUUGGUGAUGUGCGAUCACAUCCACGACUUGCUCUUCCUCGAGUACUUAAAUCCCUGACGAGUCGAGAGUGGGACAAUUAACGAGAUAGCGGACGCGUCGAGUAGACAUGCACAUGUCGUCGUUGUUUCACGGAGGGCGAUGCCAAG